AACCGACCCGCCUCAAAAAUCCAAUUUCUUAUUUUCCCUUUCAUUAAUUUAGGUUGAAUUCGUAUUACCCCUUUUCUUUCCGACUCCAUUUUCUCCCGCAACCAUGAAGAUGAGAAACAAAGGCAAGGUCCACCCCUUCACUUCCUCUCCCACCAACACAGAAGACAGCUUCCCUCUCCUCAAACUCCUCCCCGCCGCCAUUCUCACUCUAGUAUCCAUUCUCUCUCUAGAAGAGCGAGAGGUCCUGGCCUACAUGCUCACCAGAUCCCUCCAAUCAACCAACAACUCCAAGAAGCACCCUCACCCUCCCCUCUUCGACUGCGACUGCUUCCACUGCUACACCGCCUUCUGGUUCCGCUGGGACUCCUCCCCCAACCGCGAGCUCAUCCACCAAGCCAUCGAAGCCUUCGAGGACCACUUGAACUCCGGCGAAUCUCUCCCCAAGACCAAGCGCAGGGACAAAUUCGCCCGCCGCAACAAACCCCCAAUUUCCUCUCCGCCGCCAAAUCAACAAAUUCCCAUCUCCUCCGCCGCGCCACCACCGCCGCCGCUCGAUGUUGAUGAAUUAGCCCCGGGAGUGAGUGGGGAGAAGGAGACGGAGAUGGAGGACGACUGUGUGGCAGCGCCGGCGGCGAGGACGCACAAAGGUUUGGCUAGGAAAGUGUUGCCGGACGUCAUGGGUAUAUUCAGCUCGCGUUUAUGGAGUCUUUGGAGUCCGAAUGUGUGAGUAAAAAAUAAAAUAAAAUAAAUUGAAAUGGGAAUUAGAAUUUCAAGGGGGGAAAAUAUAGUUUUAUCUUCUUUUUAUUUUUAUUUUCUGGUGGUAGGUUAUAUUCGAACUCGAAUAUGCAGCUCUUUUAAAAUGUUUCGUGGCCCAUCUCUCUCCUCUGAAUUAUUGCAAUUUGUUUAUUUUUCUUAUAUGUUUCCACUUUCGAAUCUACUUUGUCUAUUAUGUAUAUCAGCCAGCCAUUAUAAAUGGCAUUUUCCGGUGAUGAACAA